CAGGGCCUUUAUAAGGCGCCGCGCAGCACGGCGGCUGUGGCUGUGCGUGGUUGGGGGCGUGUGGCUGUCUUGUCCUUCGAGCCGCGUCCCUGUUCCGCCCCCGGGGCCGUGCCGAGUCGUCAGGGAAGGAGCCAGGAGAAUGUGUGUGUGUCCUGGGCCCAGGCGGAUCGCAAUUCCAGUCCGAAACUCCAGGCUCCCGUUGUUGUCUGAUGCCAUGCCAGCACCUGCUCAUCUGUUCCCAUUAAUUCGUAACUGUGAGAUUAGCAGAAUAUGCAGCACUGUGUGCUACUGCCACCAUAAACAUCUGUGUUGUUUGUCAUCUCAUUUUGCUCAUGGUCAGUUCAGAUAUGCACCUCAGAAGAAGUUUGCAGCACUUUAUAGGCCAAAGGAGAACUUCAAUCACUUCAUUCAUACGAGGGAUUAUGCUUCUACACCACAGAGAUUUUACCUGACUCCUCCACAGGUGAACAGCAUUCUGAAGGCAAAUGAAUAUAGCUUCAAAGUCCCAGAAUUUGAUGGUAAAAAUGUAAGUUCUGUUCUUGGCUUUGAUAGUAACCAGUUGCCUGCUAAUGCUCCAAUAGAAGACCGGAGGAGUGCUGCCACGUGCUUACAGACAAGAGGGAUGCUUCUGGGUGUGUUUGAUGGCCACGCAGGUUGUGCUUGUGCUCAAGCUGUGAGUGAAAGACUGUUUUACUAUAUUGCUGUCUCUUUGUUACCUCAUGAGACUUUACUUGAAAUAGAAAAUGCUGUGGAGAGCGGCAGAGCUCUGUUGCCCAUUUUACAGUGGCACAAGCAUCCCAAUGAUUAUUUUAGCAAAGAAGCUUCCAAGCUUUACUUCAAUAGUCUGAGAACUUACUGGCAGGAGCUGAUUGAUCUCAACAGUGGAGAGACUACUGAUGUGAAAGAAGCUUUAAUUAAUGCUUUUAAGAGGCUUGAUAAUGACAUCUCUUUGGAAGCUCAAGUAGGAGAUCCAAAUUCUUUUCUCAACUACCUAGUACUGCGAGUAGCGUUUUCUGGUGCAACUGCCUGUGUGGCCCAUGUGGAUGGUGUUGACUUGCACAUUGCAAACACAGGUGACAGUAGGGCAAUGCUUGGUGUUCAGGAAGAAGAUGGAUCUUGGUCUGCAGUUAAUCUGUCCUAUGACCACAAUGCACAAAAUGAACAUGAAGUGGAACGUGUGAAAAUGGAGCAUCCAAAGUCUGAAGAGAAAAAUCUUGUGAAACAAGACCGUCUCUUGGGUCUCCUCAUGCCUUUCAGAGCUUUUGGUGACGUGAAGUUUAAAUGGAGUAUUGAGCUACAGAAAAGGGUGGUAGAAUCAGGCCCAGAUCAGCUGAAUGAAAAUGAAUACACAAAGUUUAUUCCUCCAAACUAUCACACUCCCCCGUACCUCACAGCUGAGCCAGAAGUCAUACAUCACAAGUUACGGCCGCAGGAUAAGUUCCUGGUUUUGGCCACAGAUGGGCUGUGGGAGACAAUGCACAGGCAAGAUGUGGCUAGAAUUGUAGGGGAGUACCUUACUGGUGUUCACCAUCAACAGCCAAUAGCUGUUGGGGGCUAUAAAGUAACUUUGGGACAAAUGCAUGGUCUUUUAGCAGAAAGGAGAGCAAGAAUCUCCUCAGUAUUUGAAGAUCAGAAUGCAGCAACACAUCUAAUACGUCAUGCAGUGGGUAACAAUGAGUUUGGCACUGUGGAUCAUGAGAGACUAUCCAAGAUGCUUAGUCUUCCAGAAGAGCUGGCUCGAAUGUAUAGAGAUGACAUUACAAUUAUUGUGGUGCAGUUCAACUCUCAUGUUAUAGGUGCAUGUCAGAAUGAGGAACUGUGAAUUUAUUGCAGUGAACUAGUUACUGAAGUUGUAACAAUGGCCAGUAUGAGCAGCAAAUAAACAACCAAGCAACAAUAAAACCCCCCAAACCCCUUCAGCAAACAAAUUGGUUGCUUGCUAGAUUCAGCAUUAUCUGUUGUUCCUGCCUUCCCCCAGAGCUCUAAAUACACAGGAAGUGCUUUUGACCUAAUGUGGACACGAAGAGGAUGUCACAGCUUGGGAGAAGAGGUUUUUAUAAUACUUUUGCACUAUUUCAUGAAUGCUGCUAGAACAAUGUCUUGAAUUUGGCAAACUUGGAUGAGAGAGGAAAGGAGGAUAUAUAAUUAUUUAUCAAAGAUCUGGCUGUUAAAGAAACAAAACCUGUUUAUAAGCAUCUGUAAAUAGCUACAUAUCUUAAGGAAAAGAUGAGUAAAAAGUAUUGUUGACUUCUUACAGGGCUAAUUUGUGCAAAGUAGAUACGGUUAUUGUGAAUACUACUGUUUCUUUUAAGCAGAAGGUCACUUUAACUAUGUCUUCAGUGUAACAAAGUUGUCUCACUUCCAUAUAGCCAAUGUCAUUCACUUAAGGAUAUUUGUCUAAGUGUUAGCUUUCAGUGCAAGUCUAAGCCAUAAUCAAUACCUGAGGUUCUGUUACAGCUUAAUCAUAUUUUAUGCAAGGUCACUUCUAAACUUCUAAUGCAUUAGUAGUUUCUUGCCUAUAGGUUUCUGUACAACUUGUAGGACAGUAAGAUAUAACAUGCAGAAAGAUACCAGGUGACUUUAUGGAGGACUUGAGUUUGCAGUCUGAAGAAACUGAGCCUUUUUGAAAAGUCAGUGGUGGUGUUCAAGACUGGCUUUUCUAGAGGUCAUGUGCUUCAUGUACUCUAGCUGUGACUGAUGUUACUUGUCUAGUAAAUAAAUUUUCACCUGAAAAGAUCAGGAAAUUAUUGCUAAUCUUUGUGGCUUUAAUUUGCACACAUUUCCACUUUGACCAUGUCAAGUGGUCACACAUUGGAUGUCUUGCACUUGAACUCACACUUGUAAGCUGCGUUAAAAACUACAAAUCCCCCAAAAUUCAAGUAUAGCUUGUAAAUAGUGUUUUAGUUGCAAAACCAAGUGGCAUGAAUGUAUAUGUUUAAUAACUCUUUCUAGCAGCUUCUUUAUUGGCUCUGUAUUUCUGGACAGCUGGUGUAUGCAUGUUCUUAGAGUCCAGACUGUUAUCACAGAGCAGCCUCUGAAAUGGAUCUCUGGCUUGUUAUGAUUGAGUUUGAACUGAGAAAGAUUGGCUAUAAACUUGUGUACUGAAAGUUGUUGGGUGUGCAACAGUAAAAAGUAUGGACUGACAAGUAAUUUAUUGGUCACCAUUGCAUCUAUUUGAGGUAUGUUGCAUUGUAUAAAAAUUUACUUUAACCUGACUUUUGGUUAAAAACUCAGUGCUGGCUGAAAUACCAGCCCUUGGUGACUGAGAGAACACAUGUAAGUCGAGUCCUCUAGAGAGCAAUCAUAGGUCAACAUAUUUCACUUUACCCAAGGUAUUUCAGUUAAAAUACUUCUCUAUCCUUCAUUGUAGUUAAUUAAAUCACCAUUUAAAAAACCCCUAGCUUAUAUUGGUUGAGUAACAUGUUGUUUUCUAUUAAACACAAAUAUUGCUAAUUAAUGCUACUGUUAUAUAUAGGAUACACUUAGUUGGAAUGGUGAACCUGUGCUAUAGUAAACAGUGGCUCCUCAAACUCAGCAAUGCUAUGUGUAUUAAGUGGCCUGCAGCUUUAGUAUGUCUGUUUCUUUACCCAGCCUUAAAUAUCAGGGUCAGUGUUGCUGUAAGGUUAACGAAGCCCAACUUCACAUUCAAGGUGUGCAAGCCUUUGUUUAUUUGAAGGGAGAAGGGGAACUCUAAAAUGCUUAGACAAGUACUGGCUGUUGACAUUGCUUCUGUAUGUUGUGUUUUGGUGACUGUCAUUAGCUAGGUCAAUAGACUUGAUCUGCUGUCAUUCAAACACAGGAUGUAUCUAAGCUGUUGCAGUAUUUACAUUUCUUACUUUUUUACUGUUAACUGUUACAUGUAUUGAUGUAUUUAACCAAUGAUUAUUGAUACAGAUUUGGUACAAGUCAUAGAAAUGAACAUUGGUCCCAUGAUACAACUUUUAUUGUGGAAAAGCUGCAUUUUGUAGUAACGGUGUCUAUAUAUGGGGUCCGACAAAAUAAUAGUUGUCUUGCUUGGAGACUUGCUUAGUAUGUAUGCAGUGAAGAGAAGCAGCAUACCCGCCUGCUAAACAGGUGAUUUGAACAAAUAUCUCUUCACAGGUUCCAAUAAAAUGAUCAAUUAUGCAGAAA